GCCUUGGAAAUGAGGUGUAAGUGUAGCCCUCCAGAAUCUGUUUUUGAGAUUCCUACUACUGAGCUGCUGUGUUUCACCUGAGUUCUUCUCAGCUUUAAAGGGCAGAAAAUCAGUUAGUCAGUGCAGGUAGCCCGUGUGCUCUUUGUGAUGUUGCGAAAAUAAACAGUGUGGUCAUGUGACCUGUGACGCUGAGGUGGGGAGAGCGGUGUAAACUGCGUACGUGAGUUCAUCUUGGAGGAACGGCUCCUCGUUCUGGAGUCACCUGGAAUUUAAAAAAGGUGAGUGAGACUUUGCCUGAUCCGAUAUGUGUGAUAAUGGCGCCAUCUUCCGGCUGGCUGUUGUUACUGUUACGGGUGAAUGGUCUCGGGUUAUAGCAAUCGAGCAAUGUAGAAAAUGCACCGACUUCAGUUUGAAAGAUAAAAUUGCGUUUAUACUGCAUUCGAGUUGAAUGAAGUACGGAAGUUCUUUACUUUCAUAUGUUCGGCCCAGGUUAAAAAUGUGAAGAUUAACUGGAGAACCACUUGGGUCUGAUCAGUGUAAUGUAAAUAACGUGUGCACGCUAAAUUAACUGAUGACAAAUUAUGUUUAUUUUUUGUAUUUGGGGGAAUGCCCCGGAAUAAACACUCGUAACCCGGCUGUGUGGCACAAGUGUAACCGCCCCCCGCCGUUCAUAGAAACCGUCGGUUCUCUUUUUCCAUGGUAAGGUCAAAAGGCACGUAUUUCACCACAGCCGUGUUUUGCUCAAUGAACAACCGGUACACGCCGUCGUCCUAUCCUCCAUACUCUCACGAUUGGUACAACUUCUUGUCAAGCAUUCUGUCGCGGAGGCGCUAUUGGUCGUGGCAAUUCAUGCACUUGACGCGUAAAAUAUGGAUUGUAGAGAGGCGGGGCUAGACGCAUCAUCCAGCGCUCACCGUUUAAUAUGUAAAUCUCAGCACGCGAUUCUCAACUCAGGAUCCAGGUUGCACCUGCUACGGCGUAGUUUUGCUUUCUGCGUUGCGAGAAAAACAUUUCCCCAAGAGAAUCCUUUCGCAGUCAUGCCCAAAAUGGCUGAUAACCGGACUCAUUUGAUUCUGGAGAAUUACAUAGGAGGAAAAUUCGUGCCCUGCUCCAGGUUUAUAGAUUCCUAUGAUCCAUCCACGGGCGAGGUGUACUGCAGAGUUCCGGACAGCGACAAGGAAGAGGUGGAGGCGGCAGUGAAGGCCGCCCAGGAGGCCUUCCCGGAGUGGGCCUCCCGGAGUCCGGCCGAGCGGGCCAAAGUCCUCCACAAACUGGCCGACCUCAUCGACGCCCACCUGGAGGAGUUCGCCCAGGCCGAAUCCAAAGACCAAGGGAAGACGGUGACCUUCGCCCGCACCGUGGACAUCCCCCGAUCCGCCUACAACUUCCGCUUCUUCGCCUCCUCCGUCCUGCACCACACCACCGACUGCAGCCAGAUGGACCACAUGGGCUGCAUGAACUACACAGUGCGCAGUCCCGUGGGCGUGGCUGGACUGAUCAGCCCCUGGAACCUGCCCCUCUACCUCCUCACCUGGAAGAUCGCUCCAGCCAUCGCCGCGGGCAACACGGUGGUGGCCAAGCCCAGCGAGAUGACGUCAGUCACGGCCUGGAUGAUGUGCAAACUGCUGGAGGAGGCUGGUAUGCCCCCCGGCGUGGUGAACAUCGUGUUCGGGACGGGCCCGCGGGCGGGGGACGCCCUGGUGUCUCACCCCGAGGUGCCCCUCAUCUCCUUCACCGGCAGCACCGCCACGGCCAGGGUCAUCACCGAGCACAGCGCCCCCUACUGCAAGAAGCUGUCCCUGGAGCUGGGCGGCAAGAACCCGGCCGUCGUCUUCCAGGACGCCGACCUGGAGGAGUGCAUCGCAACCACCGUCCGCUCCAGCUUCUCCAACCAGGGGGAAAUCUGUCUGUGCACCAGCAGGAUCUUUGUGGAGCGGAGCAUCUACCCAGAAUUCCUGCAGAGGUUCGUGGAAGCUGCUCGGCAGUUGAAAACGGGGGUUCCCACGGAUACGGGCAGCAACAACGGAGCCCUUAUCAGCAAAGAGCACUUAGAAAAGGUCAGGGGUUACGUGAAGCUGGCCCUGGCGGAGGGAGGCAAGGUGCAUUGUGGGGAAGGCGUGGACGCCCUGGACCUCCCGGAGCGGUACAGGAGCGGCUACUUCAUGGCCCCGACGGUGAUCAGCGACGUGGCGGACGACUCGCGGUGCAUGCAGGAGGAGAUCUUCGGCCCCGUGACCUGCGUGGUGCCCUUCGACGGCGAGGCCGAGGUCGUCCGCCGCGCCAACGGGGUCAAGUACGGCCUGUCGGCCACCGUCUGGUCGCGGGACGUGGGGCGGGUCCACCGGGUGGCCCGGGGACUGCAGGCGGGCCUGGUCUGGACCAACUGCUGGCUCAUCCGGGACCUGAACCUGCCGUUCGGGGGCAUGAAGUGUUCGGGGAUCGGCCGGGAGGGGGCCCGAGACUCCUACCACUUCUUCACCGAGGUGAAGACCAUCACUGUGAAACACUGAGCUACCGCACGUCAGCCGUUCCCCCGUGUGCCCUCACCAUCUCUACCGCACCUGAUUCAACACGCUGCAGCGACCGCUUCAACCUUCCCCAUGACCGAUUUGACCUUCACAAUGAUCGCUUCGACCUUCCCCAUGACCGA